ACCAAAUCUGCAUGCACUCUCUCGGUGUUUACCGCCUCCCUUAUUAAAACAAAAACUCCCUUUUAGAGAGAGAAACCACCCCGUCCCCGCCCCCCUCUUCUUUCUCACUCUCCUUGGGGUUUCCAUCAUUACAUUACACAGAUGGAUUAUUAUUCUUCUUCGUCUAUCAGUUUUCGUUUUUGAAACCGGGAACGGCGCCUAAUUUCCUUCUACUUUUCCCUUUUGCCGUUUUCAUUUCUGUUCCAAUCAAAAUGGCUAUUCAAUUGCAGUUACACCGCCGGAAUUUUGGCCUCGAUUCUACUCCUUCUUCUGAUCAUCAGUUUCAUCAAUUAUUUCAUCUUCUUAAUCAUCAUCAUCAUCUUCUUCUUCAACCACCAGAUCAUGCUGCUCAAUCCGGUACUAAUAAUAAUGAUGAUCAUCUUCUACUAUUGCAGCAGUACUACUCUUUGACUCAAUCUGAUUUUCAUCAAUCUCUCACCUCUUUCCUCUCUGAAAUGCCUGCCGAUCACAUCGAUCGAUUCAUUCGAUUACAGAGUGAGAGAUUUAGAUUACUUCUACAGCAAAAGAUUAAUCAACAAAUCGGAGUGUUGUUGAACCAGAUCGAAACAAGAACGCGGGUUCUGUUUCAGCAGAAGGAUGAAGAGAUCGCUUGUGCGAAUAUGAGAAGAAUGCAUCUCGAACAAUUAUUGACGAGAUUACAAAUGGAGAAUCAAGAACGGAAGAAAUCCGUACAAGAGAAUCAAGCAAUGGUAGCUUCGCUUAGUCGCGCACUCAAUCAAAUCAGAGAAAAAGUUUCAUUAUGCGCGAACGACGCUGAGUCGAACAACAACAACAACAGUAACAACUACAGAAACGGAGAAGACGACGCCAUUGAUUACGGAAAAAAGAAGAAAAAGAAGAAGAAAAUGAUGAUUUGUAAAAUCUGCAACUCUCGAGUUUCGUGCGUUCUGUUGUUGCCUUGCAGGCACCUCUGUUCGUGUAAGCCAUGCGAGAGUACUCUCGAUUUUUGCCCCGUCUGCAACACGACGAAGAAAGCCAGCAUCGAGGCUGUGAUUUUCUAGGCAAAUUUUCCGGGAAAAAACGUUUCAAGUUGAAAACGAAGAUGAACAGAUCAAACCGUCUCACUUUUUCGGUUGGAUUUUCGAAUUAUAUUCUCUCUUUUUUUCAUCAUCAUCAUCAUCAUCAUGAUUUUUCAUUGAAGAACAAGUAAUUGAUUGAUUUUUUUUCGGAAAAUCAAACUACACAGAAAACCAAAAUUAUUCAUCCAUUAAUUUGUUACUUCUUUUACUUAGCUUACUUCAUUUUUAGAUUUUGCUACACCUCGGCUGAUUUGACUCGAUUCCAUUGCUGUUUUCUCUUUAUGAAUUUUCCUUUUAUAAUAUAUGAAAACUAAUUCCAAAUUA